AUGCGUGUGUGUGUGGUUGGCGCCGGCGCUUCUGGCCUGCCAGCCAUCAAAUCGUGCAUCGAGGAGGGCCUCGACGUGGUUUGCUUCGAGAAGACUGCCGAUAUUGGAGGGCUCUGGAACUACAGACCCGGACAGAAGAAUGUGAGUGCAGUAGAGCGCGUUUGCUCGUUUGUGGAACAUCUCUCUGAUCUUUUGUGUUCUCACAGAUCGGCGGAACCGUAAUGGAGAGCACAGUGGUGAACACUUCCAAGGAAAUGAUGGCUUAUUCGGAUUUUCCACCUCCCGCAGACUUUGCCAACUUUAUGCACCAUUCGAAAGUCAUCGAGUACAUCAAAAGCUACGCGGAGACUUUUGCUCUUCUCGACAAAAUUCGAUUCAAUACAGUCGUCAAAAGAGUGAGCCCGAAGCUUCGAUCAUGAUAAAUUUCACAAUAAGUUCAGAUCUCGAGAACAGAGGACGGAAAGUACAUGGUUCAUCUGGAAAGCGGAGAGAUUGAAGAGUUUGACAAGUUGAUGCUCUGCACGGGACAUCACGCUCAGCCAUCGUACCCGGAGCUCAAGAAUCUCGACAAGUUCAAGGGGAAAGUGGUGCACGCUUACGAUUACACGGAUCCGAGAGGCUACGAGGGCAAGGACGUCUUCCUUCUGGGCAUCGGAAACUCGGCGCUCGACAUUGCGGUCGACGUGGCCAAGAUCGCAAAGUCGGUGACGAUCUCCACACGCCGUGGCACGUGGAUCUUCAAUCGAGUGAGCCAGGGCGGCAUGCCCUACGACGUGCUCCUCUUCUCCCGCUACUACGACAAUAUACUCAAAACGGUGCCGUUCACGCUGGCCAACGACUUCAUGGAGUACCGUCUGCAGCAGCGAAUGGACCACGACAUCUACGGCCUCCGUCCGGAUCACCGCUUCUUCCAGCAACAUCCGACCGUCAACGACUCGCUGGCGAAUCUGCUGUGCGCCGGGUACAUUAAGGUCACCGAGGACAUUGACACAUUCACCGAGGACAGUGUCGUCGUGAAGGGCGGCAAGGAAUUCAAGUGCGACGUCUUCCUAACUUGCACCGGCUACACGUUCGGAUUCCCGUUCGUCGACUCGGACAUUAUUGAUAUCAAGGUAAGCUAUGCCACAUCCGUCCGCCGCUUCAAGUACCCAUUCAGAACCAGCAAGUGCCUCUGUACAAGUACGUCUUCCCUCCAAACAGUGAAAGCGUGGCCGUGAUCGGCUUGAUCCAACCGAUCGGCUCCAUCGCUCCGAUCUCUGAGAUCCAGAGCAGAUGGGCGGCGCGAGUGUUCUCUGGAAAGUGCCCACUUCCCUCCAGCAAGCAGCAACUUGUCGACAUCGCGCAGAAGAAGGAGGAAAUGAAGAGGAGGUACUUUGACAGUAUCAAACACACCAUCCAGGUGGACUACAUGACGUACAUGGACGAGAUCGCCGAAAUCAUUGGAUGUCUGCCGCCAAUGCGACAAUAUCUGUUCUCGGCGCCGCGCUUCUGGAUGAAGCUGUUCAUGGGCGCCAACGUGCCGUACGUCUACAGACUGGUCGGACCGAAUGCGUGGGAAGGCGCCGAGCAGGCGAUUCUGACGGUGCCCGAUCGAGUGAAGGCGCCGCUCAAGAACCGACAAUGCAGGAUUCGGAAGCAUAAGAAGAGGGGGACGACGGUAACAGAAUUGCACAAUAACUAUUAUGAUACUGUUGUUUUCAGGACGAGUACUUCCGAUACGCCACCCAAAAAGUGAUCGCCACCAACAUCUCGAUCCUCUUCUGCUCGGGCCUGCUCCUCUACUGCUCCACCACCGCCACUCUUCCUCCGGCCGUCUACUUCCUCUCCUUCUUCCUCUUCUUCACCCUGUACGGAGCCACGCUCAUGUGGUUCGACCUACAGUACGAUAUGACCACUAUCAUCUGA